AGUCUUCUGUAGUCCUGGGCUCUGACUACCUCCUGCCCCACUGUCCCACAUGUUCUCCGUGUUGGAUCCUGUCCAGGUGUUCCGCGCUCGCCCAGAAGUCCGGAGAGGUUCUGCCUGCCGCCGCGUGUCACAUUUCCCCACUGAGAACCACAGUGAGAGCUCUGGGUGUCCCGGAAUCCUGAGAUGGGGCUGAUAUCAUUUGAAGACGUAGCCGUGGACUUCACCUGGGAGGAAUGGCAAGACCUGGACGCUGCUCAGAGGACCCUGUACAGGGACGUGAUGCUGGAGACCUACAUCAGCCUGGUGUCCCUAGGGCACUGUAUGAACAAACCUGAGUUAAUCUUCAAGUUGGAGCAAGGACUCGGGCCAUGGAGUGUCGCAGAAGCCUCAGACAGGAACCUCUCAGAUUUUCACAUAUUGACUGCACCAAUUGUGACCAGCCAGAAAAAUCACAAGGCAUAUAUGUGGCAAGCUAGAACCACCGAAAAUAAGGCAUCAAAUGAAAAGAUUGCAGAGCUAAAGGAGCAACAGAAGAUCCAUCAAGGGUCAAAAUCCUGCGAAAGAGAAGCACAUGGGAAGACAUUUUUUCAGAAAGCCCAGAGCACUGUGAUUCAAAUGUCUCCUACACGUCAGACAGCUCUCCAUUACACGGCAACUCUCACUAAAGGUCAGAGACCUCACAGAGGGAAGAUGAGCCGUGAGUAUGAAGAAUGCAGGAAAACCAUCUUCCAUAACUCACACGUUCCAGGAUGUCAGAAAACUCUUAUAGAUACAAAGCUUUGUGGAUGUACAGAGUGCAGAAAAGAUUUCUCUUGCAACUCAAAACUCACAAGUCAUCCAAGAACUCGCAUACGUAAGAGGCCCUAUAAAUGUAAGGAAUGUGGGAAAGCCUUCUGCUCUCAGGGAAAACUUACUCUACAUCAAAUAGUUCACACAGGUGAGAAGCCCUAUGAAUGUACAGAAUGUGGGAAAGCCUUUUCCCACAAGGCAUACCUCACUCAGCAUCAGAAAAUUCACAUGAGCAAGAAGCCUUAUGCAUGUACUGAAUGUGGGAAAGCUUUCUACCGAUUAUCACACCUUACUCUGCACCAGAGAACUCACACAAAUGAGAAACCUUAUGACUGUACAGAAUGCCAAAAAUCUUUCUCCUGCCGGUCACAGCUUACUCUACAUCAGCGAACUCACACAGGUGAGAGACCUUUUGAGUGCAUGGAAUGUGGAAAAUCUUUCUACUACAAGGCACACCUAAUUAGACAUCAGAGAAUUCACACCAACGAGAAGCCCUUUGAAUGUAUAGAGUGUGAGAAAUCCUUUUACUGCCAGUCGGACCUCACUGUGCAUCAACGAUCCCACACAGGUGAGAAGCCCUAUGAAUGUAAGGAGUGUGGGAAAUCAUUCUACCAGAAAUCAAAACUCACUCUACAUCAAAGAAAUCAUGUAGGUGAGAAGUCUUAUGCAUGCACAGACUGUGGGGAAGUUUUCUAUUGCAAAUCACAUCUCACUCUACAUCAGACUGUCCAUACAGAUGAACACCCAUAUAUAUGUACAGAGUGUGGGAAAUGUUUCUACUAUAAGUCACAACUCAUUGUCCAUGGAAGAACUCACACAGGUGAUAGACCCUACAAAUGCGGAGACUGUGGGAAAGCUUUCUCCCGAAAGUCACACCUCAUUCGACAUCAAAGUAUUACUCACAUAGAUAAGAACAAUUUGAAUGUAGCAAAUGUGGGAAAGGUUUCCACUGUAAGACCAGACUCACUUCACACUCACUCACUUUACCUCAGUGAACACAAGCAUGCGCCAAGCAUUUUGAAGGAAAAGAAUGCAGGAUAGCUUUGUACUUCAAGCCACAAAUAACAGCAGAGGACAACUCAGAGGAAGAGCCCUGUGAAUGGGAAGAAAGAGAAAACUUUAUAUUGUAAGGCUGUGAGAAAGAACUCUGAAAAUAUGAGUUCAAGAUACAUAGUUUCCCAACUAUGCAAAAUACAAAGAUGCAAAAUGAAUUAUAUGAGAGGCUUCACAAACCUAAAAGAACAGCAGCUGCGCUAUGACCCAGGUUGAAAAAGAUACAAAGGCAGGAAGACUCCUGAGUUCAAGGUCAGCCUGGAACAGAGCAAGGAUAGGCCCAGGUGUGGUGGGAAUUGUAAUCUCAGGACUGGAUCCCACCCAACUAAAGUUAUUGUCUGUGUUUAACAAAGACAGAUCUCUGAAUUCAUUUGCAAUGAAGAAAGAAAGGAAAGAAACAAAGAAAGAAAGAAGAUAAAGGUGUUUGCUGUCUCUUUCUAAGAAUCAAGGGGCUGGAGUCAGGGGAUGCUGAUUCAUGGGAUAAUCAAAAGUGAACCUGGGGUAAAUGAUUGAACUGAUAUGUAAAUAAAAGAUAGGUCGAAGAGAUGAGUUAUCCAGCAUUUUCAAAAUUGUAUUCAAGCAAGAGAGAGAGCUGUCUUGAGCAGAACACAGGUUGGCUGUCGGCUUGUACCCAUGAUUGACUUUGAGUUUUUUUUACCGCUCUCAAACACCCCUUCUCUCAGGAACCCCUCUCCAAGCUGAGGCUGGUCCUUGGCACAGAAAACCUGAAUUGAAUUCCCAGGUCUUCUGCUACCAGGAACUCUAGCUCCAGGUAAUUCAACAUCCUUGAAUCUCCCUCUGCAGCUGAAGAAGGUUGCUGAGGCUAGGCAUGUCCCUGUCCCUGCAUGGAAGUCCAGAGAGGCUAUUGUAUGAAAUUGUGAAGGGGAGGCCUAGAGACUCCAAGAGGUUAGAUAUGCCAGACCUGUGGGAUACCUGCCCAGGAAAGCUGCUACCAGGGAGUGCAACCAGCCCAAGAGAAAGAAGUUUGUUGCAGUCAACAAAGCUGAAAGGAGCUGGAGAGCUGAAGAACACUUUGAUAUCAAACAUGGAGAUGCAGAGUUGGGAGUUUGCCAGCUGGUUUUCAGUCCUGCUUUGGUCCAGUCUUUUCUCACUAGGCUCUCUUCCCUAUGUUUUAGAAUGGUGAUGUGUAUCCUGUGCCGUGAUACAUUGAAAGUAUGUGCUCUGCUUUUUAUUUAUUUAUUUAAUUUGAAUUUUAUUUUAUUUUAUAGGGGAUUACAAUUAAGAGGUUGUACAAACCUCAGAAGAGACUUUGAACUUUGGACUUUAAAACAUUGUUGAGACUGAUAGACUGUGGGGAUUUUUUGAAGUUGGACUAAAUGCAUUUUGCAUUAUAUUAUGGUUACAAGCCUAUGGGGGAAGGAAGUAGAAUGUGGCAGUUUGAAUAGCUAUGGCCCCAUUGUCAAUGGCCUGAAAACCUUUUGAUAAUCAUGAUCUCUAUUGGGAAGUUAAGGCAGGAGAAUGAAUUCAAAGCCAUCCUCAGCCACAUGGCAUGUUCCAGGUUACAUAAGACCCUGUUUCAGAAAGCAAAAAUAGAGCUGGCUCAAUGGUUAAAAAAAACAGAUGUCCUUCCAGAGGAUCUGAGUUCUAUUUCCAGCACCCACAUGACAGCUAACAACUGUCUAUAACUCCAAUUCUAAAUCCAACACCUUUUGCUGGUCUCUGACAGCAAUGUACACGUGUGGUCCACAGAUAUCCAUGCUGGUAAAAUACUCAUAACACAUGAAAUAAAAAUAAAUAAAUAAACAAAUAAUUAAAAUA